UGUUAUGAUACCAUGGAUCUUCCCGUUGGAGCACCAGCGGAUAAAUAUUUGCCUGAAGACAUUUGCCCUGGGGACUUGGAACGGACAGAAGGGCAAAGCAAAGAAUGUGAUUUAUGUUCUACUGACAAGGCACUGGCUGUUCUUCAGACGCAAGGUUCUGAGUCUCCCCAGUCUAUGUAUGAGAACAGCAAGAAUGGAAAGCCAGCCGAGUCCCCACUCUCUAACAGUGCCUUCACCUGGGACACACGGCCAGCCGAGUCCCCACUCUCUAACAGUGCCUUCACCUGGGACACACGGCCAGCCGAGUCCCCACUCUCUAACAGUGCCUUCACCUGGGACACACGGCCAGCCGAGUCCCCACUCUCUAACAGUGCCUUCACCUGGGACACACGGCCAGCCGAGUCCCCACUCUCUAACAGUGCCUUCACCUGGGACACACGGCCAGCCGAGUCCCCACUCUCUAACAGUGCCUUCACCUGGGACACACGGCAGGAGGCCAGCGCAGCCGAGUCCCCACUCUCUAACAGUGCCUUCACCUGGGACACACGGCCAGCCGAGUCCCCACUCUCUAACAGUGCCUUCACCUGGGACACACGGCCAGCCGAGUCCCCACUCUCUAACAGUGCCUUCACCUGGGACACACGGCCAGCCGAGUCCCCACUCUCUAACAGUGCCUUCACCUGGGACACACGGCCAGCCGAGUCCCCACUCUCUAACAGUGCCUUCACCUGGGACACACGGCCAGCCGAGUCCCCACUCUCUAACAGUGCCUUCACCUGGGACACACAGCAGGAGGCCAGCGGAGAUGCUGUGGGGGAAACACCAUCUGACCUGGGGACUUCUCCCUCCAUCUUCUCUUCCACAGAACUCUACGACUUCGGGGGGCUUGGUGAGACACAGCCCCUUGGUGAGAACGGCUCCUUUGCGGAUGUUAGCGAAGGAGGCUGUAAAAGCGCCAAUCUCGGUGUUCCAGGUGCCAUAGACACGCUUCCUGAUUACAGUUCAGUCGGGGGAUGCCCAAGAGAGCCAUCAGCAGAAUCAGCUGCUAGUGUUGAUUGCCAUCAGGUGACCAGGGAGACCGAGGAGGACACAUUAGCUGAUGCCACCAGCAUCCACACCAUCAGUUGUCACACCGUUUCAGCUCUUGAGGACAGCAACCUUGUUGAUGGUGAUGACCAGGCCUCAUGUGAGGCACGAGAGGCAAAUAAUUUUGAAUCUCUUUCCAACAUACAGCCAGGCCGUUCUUUAAGCAGCUCUACUAGUGAGAUGACCAGGGAGAUGUUUAUCGUAGCACCCAGUAUUCCAGGAGCUUGUGGCCACUUCUUACUGCCGGAGAGGCAGGAUCUGUGGAGUGCUCCCUUUCAAACUGAUAACCAGCCUGGGUAUAAGAGCCAGCUAGUGGAGGGAGACCAUGGCGGAAGCCUUGAAGAGGACUUUCAGGAAAAGGGAAGUGAAAGAAAACAGUGCACAUCCUACCAGCGUUCUCUUUCUGCAAAUGAUUUCCAAGAAAAUCUGCCCCCGAUACCUGGCACGCAACAGGAGGUCAAAGCGGAACCCUUCGAGCACCCCCUAGCAGAUUCCGGGGAAGAAAUUGGGCAGAGCACUGACCCGAGGACCAGUGUCUCAGUGGCAGCUGAGAACACUAUGGAAGAUGAUAAGCAACUUCCAUCACAUGAACUAAGCAAUGCUCCAUCUCUCCCUGACAUCCUCCUUGAAGAAAAAGAAGAUGUAGGACUAGGAAGUUGGGCUGCGGUCAGCAAAGUGAAGAUCAUAACGCUGGAAGCUCCUGAUUUUGAAACCUGGCAACCAGAACAAGCCUUGCAUUAUGGGUCCAAGGAGGCAGAAGUUGGUCUCACUGCCCCUAAUAGGGGCUGGGCUCUGUCUGACAUCCUAAGAGCAGGUGCUAACAGGGAUGCCUGGGCAGGCGAGGCACCAGCCAGAUGCGCGUAUUACAGCAGUCUGUCUUCCCAGUGUCUGGACCAACCCAGACUCCUGGAGUCGUCCGUAGACCCUGUUGAGGAAGCGGGGUUGGAAGUCACAUUCUCUCCACUAGAGGCUUCCAAAAGUGGGGAGACAGAAAGUGUUGAAACCAGGAAUGAAGACCAGGAAGGAAAUGAGAGGAAGAUACGCGGCCCUGCCUUCUUUCGACAGUUUGUGAACGUUCCUAGCAUCCUGGAGUCCUCUGUGGAUCCCAUUGAUGGUAGACGUGGGAUGGAGUGUGUCUGGUCUGAGAAGCCAGAGCCCUCCGACUCCAACACAGAAGGGAAUGAAUCCACCGACAGAUACACAUGUCAGAGGGCAGACAUCCAACCCGCCACCCUGCAGGUUCCCCAUCCCCAGAACAGUGGGGAAAUCAUUCCAAAUGAAAGCACAAUCAACCAAAAUCACAUAGACAGAGAGAAGGCAGAUGCCAAACAAAGUCAGGCUGACAAGGCAAAAGCAGAGGCCCAGGCUGCCCUUUGUCAAGCCCAAUGUCCUGGUGAAGAAAGACAAAGAAUUCCAAGCGUAUGCAACAUGAGCCAAGAUGGCAGUGACCGAGGCCUAGGAGAGGCUGGGCAGGUGACAAAGGACAAGGCCGAAUUAAUUUCCCCCAUGCCAUCUCUUUCUAGUUGUCUCAGAGGAGCGACUCCUGCAUCUGUUGAGGUUGAGACCAAUGACACCACAAGCCACAUUCACGGUGAGUCUGUGCCCAGAAACCACCAAGAUGUACUUCCUACGUGGAAGGAAAAAGGAGCCAUGGAGAGUGAGUGUGGGAAACCUGUGGCCUCUUCAAGUGAUCUCACACACACACCAUGUACUUCAUCUCUCAAAGGAAACGUCACACGCUUGUCAAUAAGCCAUGGCGUUGAGGAACUGAAAUCGGAGGAGAUUCAGAUUGUGGAAACCAAACCUCUAACCUCAUCCCACUCCCCAGCAAAGACCUUGGCUUUCGUUUCAGGAGACUGUGAGUCAGAGAAAGCCCCUGAAGGCUUAUUACUUAAGGACCUGUGUCAAAAGGGCUCCGCCCAGGCUAGCAGGAAAAAGUCCAGAGAGGAACAGCAGAAGCAUGUGGUGGCCCACACCAGCAAGGCACCUGGGGCCCGAUCAGCAACGGCUGGGCCAGAGGAGGACAAGAAAAAGCAAGAGGCCUCAGGGAGUGGACAUUUGGCUGCAGGGGUAAAGAAGAAAAUUCUCUCCAGGGUGGCAGCCCUGAGACUCAGAUUGGAGGAGAGGGAAAAUAUGAGAAAGAACUCCAUUCUGAAGAAAACGCCCAAGUUUGAAAAGUCCCUGUCCCACACUGAUGAGAAAAAAGACUCCCAAAAGGCCCCUUGCAAAGCGGAAGGCAAAGCCCCAGUGCUGCUGAAGAAGAUCCAGGCUGAGAUGGCUCCCGACCGCUCUGGGAAUGUGAAGCUGAGCUGCCAGUUUGCAGAGAUCCACGAAGAUUCGACCAUCUGCUGGACGAAAGAUUCGCAGUCAAUAGCACAGGUCAAGAGAAGCGCAGGGGACAACUCCAGUGUUUCCUUGGCCAUCGUCCAAGCUGGUCAGAAGGACCAGGGCCUCUAUUACUGCUGCCUCAAGAACAGUUAUGGAAAAGUCACUGCUGAGUUUAACCUCACAGCAGAAGUUCUCAAACAGCUUUCCAGUCGCACAGAAUAUAGAGGAUGCGAAGAGAUAGAAUUCAGCCAGCUCAUCUUCAAAGAGGACGUCUUCAAUGACAGCUACUUCGGGGACCAUCUGCGUGGCCAGAUCUCCACGGAGGAGCUUCACUUCGGGGAAGGGGUGCACCGCAAAGCUUUCCGUAGCACGGUGAUGCAGGGCCUCAUGCCGGUCUUCCAGCCCGGCCACGCAUGUGUGCUCAAGGUGCACAACGCUGUUGCCCAUGGGACCAGAAACAACGAUGAACUUGUGCAGAGGAACUACAAACUCGCUGCUCAGGAAUGCUACGUUCAGAAUACUGCCAGAUACUACGCCAAGAUCUAUGCCGCUGAAGCUCAGCCUCUGGAAGGCUUCGGAGAGGUGCCAGAGAUCAUCCCUAUUUUCCUCAUCCAUCGGCCAGAGAACAACAUCCCUUAUGCCACAGUGGAAGAGGAGCUGAUUGGAGAAUUCGUGAAGUAUUCCAUCCGCGACGGGAAGGAAAUCAACUUCCUCCGAAGGGACUCGGAGGCUGGUCAGAAGUGCUGCACCUUCCAGCAUUGGGUGUACCAGAAGACCAGCGGCUGUCUCCUGGUCACAGACAUGCAGGGUGUGGGGAUGAAGCUAACUGACGUCGGCAUAGCAACACUAGCUAAAGGGUACAAGGGAUUCAAGGGCAACUGCUCUAUGACCUUCAUCGAUCAGUUCAAAGCACUGCACCAGUGUAACAAGUACUGUAAGAUGCUGGGGCUGAAAUCCCUCCAAAACAACAGCCAGAAGCCGAAGAAAACAAGCAUCGGGAGAGGCAGAGCGCAGACAAACCCGGCAUCCGUGAAGACGCCGGAGCCUGGGACGCCCACAGAAAAGAAAGCCUAGCUAGCGUCUCUCAUCCCUUAGGAACCAGUGACCACCUGCCGGCAGCACACAGGCUUGCAUGUGGACACCUGCAGACACACGGGACAAGAGCCUGCAGCCUGCAGAGCAUGUCCCGGUCCUCCCCAGCCCACUACCACUUGCCGUCUGCCAAACUGACUUUGGAAUGGAUCUCUGUGCUGGGAGACCCGUCAGUUCUGUUGUCAGCCUCAAAGACAGUCCGCUUUUUGUGUAUGCAGCUGGUGUCUCUCCCCAUCUCACGUCGUGGGUCUACUUGCGUGUUGCACGUGGUUUGUUGUCAAGAGUGCCAUGCUGCCUGGCAACUGUCCACCGUCAAAAUCCUUCCCACCUUGUCUUCUCACCUCAGGAUUUCUGGACGUUUCUGAAAUCAUGAAUGUCAGAUGUCACCUAUGCUAGCUAGCUAUUGUUGCUGGAGGCGGCUUCCCAAGUGUGAGAGCAUCUCCAAGCACAAUUCACACAGCCUGGCACAGUGUUCUGUUUCAAUAAAUUCAUAUUUA